AUGGAUCAGAUGUCGGGAAAAGAAGAAUUCCCACUCUUUAGGUACAAUGAGUUCGACGUGGCCGCCCUCUGUCAACUCGCGAGUGACAUGCGACAGAAUCUCGCGUGCACGUGCGACUUGAAUCAACGUCCGCAACGGGGUGGCUUUAACUGGGCCGUGUUUGUUAUAUUUGAAGAUGGCCUCGAAUGGGUUCUUCGCUCGCCAGUGCAGAACCACCCCGAGCUUUCUUAUAGUAGUGUCGCGAAACUUCUUUCAAGCGAAGCUGCUACGCUCAAAUAUCUCAGAGCGUACACAGACAUACCUGUUCCUGAUGUUUACUCUUACUGUGCCUAUCCAAAUAAUCCUCUCCGGAUCCCAUACAUUUUGAUGAACAAGGCGCAGGGCAAGACAUUGGAAACCAUGUGGGGGGGAACUGAGAUUCCCCACCGUCUAGAUUCACUUGAAAUCAACAAAGUGAUGUCUCAACUGGGCCACAUUACAUGGAAACUCGCACAAGUCCGGUUUAACAAAAUUGGGUCUCUAUUUGAAGAAAAUGGAUUCUUCUUUAUUGGAGAAUGCCUAUCCAAAGGCCACCUACAACACAAGAGACACUCUCUGGCCGGCAUUCCUCGUGGACCUUUUUCCAGCGAGACAGAGUUCUUCCUCAGUCUCAUAGUGGCUUUGAUCCAGCACGCCGAAAUGCUGCCGUUGACGCACCAUUGCUUUACGGCACCGGUACCCGCUAAGAAUGACUACCCCAACAAGGAUCUGUGGGAGAGUGCCUGCGACCUUUGGAAUCAAUUCGUCACAAUUGGACAGAAGGUUGACGGAGCUGCGAAUAGAGUUGACUACAUAAUUGCUGCCCAGAUUGUUAAUCGUUUGAUUUUUGAAUAUACGGGCAAAUGGUCUGGUAUCACAAAUCCGGUCAGCUUUGCACUCUGCCACCCAGAUCUCACCAUGGGCAACAUAUUCGUCGAUGAUCAAUAUAAUGUUACUUGCAUCAUCGAUUGGGCGUUUUCUACCACCGUGCCCAUUCCCUUGCUUUUGUCGCCCCCUGGGUUUCCUCAGUCGCGGCACAGGUUAGACGAGAGGUUCUGCCUUGGUUUCCGAGAUGGCUUUAAAGAUGCAGCCGGACCCAAUACACACAGUCCAUCAGAGGGCUUGUCUAUCCCCAAAGCUUUUGAGUGUGUCAAAAACAGCGAAUUUGCUUGGUGUCUUGCCAGGUUUCUAGCUUUUGAUUCCACCGACGACAUUUCCCUCGUUCGUACCAUGUGGGAAUCAGUCUACCCUUUGCAACACACGCUCGAGUCAUAUGUCUUUUCUCAAAGAGUUCAACCGUAUUAUCGAAAGCAGUACAGAAUGCUCAGACAUGAUGACCUGGCGGUAUCUCAGAUCAAAAAUUCCGAGAAUGAUCUUUUCACACAACCUUUCACCUUCGAGCGAUCUUUGGCGCAUCAUCUGACAAUGAUUUCAGAUUAUGGAUACAACUACGACCCAACAAAAUUAGCUGGCCUCCGAGAUACAGAGAAGGUAUUUGUUACCGAGCGGCGGCUUUGGCGAUGGAUUUUGGAAUUCAAAAGACAACACCGCGGUAGGAUCGGCUUUGAAGACUGGGAGCUCUAA